CCAUGGAAACUCCUCCGUCCCGAUAUGAGUUCCAGAUCGGUUGGAUAUGUGCCCUACCUAUCGAAGCAGCCGCCGCAAUCCAGAUGCUGGACGAGAAUUUCGGUAUUCUCCAAGAGCAGGAAAGGACGGACUCCAAUACAUACACCUUAGGUCGGAUCGGCCGUCACUAUGUCGUGAUCGCGUGUCUGCCAGAUGGACAAUACGGGACUACUUCAGCCACCACAGUUGCUAAUAACAUGAUGAGAACCUUUCGUGACUCGCUCCGCAUCGGCUUGAUGGUGGGCAUUGGCGGAGGAGCUCCUUCCGUGGAGCACGAUAUUCGCCUUGGUGACAUUGUGGUCAGUCGUCCUGAAGGCUCUUAUGGCGGCGUCAUUCAACACGACAUGCGCAAAAUCGGCAGAGAUGGCAAAACUCAACUUGUUGGGUCCUUGAAUAGCCCGCCAAAGUCGUUGCUGAACGCGCUGGCUCAGAUGAGGGCGGCAGAACUAUAUGAUGAUCCUCAGUAUCCAGUGUACCUUCAAGAAGCUAUUGGGAAAAAUAAACGGACACGGAACACCUUCAGCCGCCCUGACGUCGACACGGACCGGCUAUUCAAAAUAGAGUAUGAGCAUCCUGAGAACGAAGCAUCCUGUGAUCAGUGUUUGGUGAAGUGGGAGGAAGAUCGUAUCACCCGUGAAGACGGCAACCCACAAACACAUUAUGGAACAAUUGCAUCUGGGAAUACUUUGAUUAAAGACGGAAAGACGAGGGAGGCCAUCCGCAAGGAUACCGGUGCGUUGUGUUUUGAGAUGGAGGCGGCGGGCUUAAUGGCGGACUUUCCUUGCCUGGUGGUACGGGGUAUUUGCGAUUAUGCCGACUCACAUAAGAAUAAACAAUGGCAAGGUUAUGCUGCACUAGCGGCUGCAGCCUUUACGAAAGAGCUGCUAGGCUAUGUGCCAAAAGGUGUAUCUCAAGAGAGCUUAGUUGCAGAUAUGUGCCCCCUGCUUAAAGAUAUUAAGGAGGACCAAAGAAAGGCUUUCGAUCAACGAGAAAGCCAUCACCGCGAGAAAAUGGAGAGAGUCUUGACGGAAGAUCAACGUCGCUGUCAUCAAGCAUUCAAGACGUCGACCUAUGAAAAGUUCAAAAAUAUCAAUCCUAACCGCGUGGAAGGAACGUGUGAGUGGGUACUCAACAGCCCUGAGUACCUGCGUUGGUGGAACGCCACAAGCAAUAAUCUCUUGUGGAUCUCGGCCGACCCAGGAUGUGGUAAAUCCGUACUCGCCAAAUCCCUGAUUGAUAGCGUGUUUGGGGCCUCCGACCCGACUGUCUCCAUUGUGUAUUUCUUUUUCAAGGAUAAUGACGAGCAGAAUAAUCUUGCUACUGCGCUAUGUGCCGUGCUUCAUCAGCUAUUCAGCUGGCAACCACAACUGUUGCGACAUGCAUUACCAUUCUGGGAAAGGAAUAAAGAGAAGAUUCAAUAUGAAGUGGACGACAUGUGGCGCAUUUUCAUGGCGGCCACAUCUGAUCGUAUAUUUAAAAAUACAGUCUGUGUGUUUGAUGCUCUCGAUGAGUGCCAUGAUGUAGACCAGAAACAGCUGAUUGAGAGACUUCGUGAAUUUCAUGACCGACACCAGGCCAGUCAAGGAAAUUGGUUGAAGUUUCUCGUGACAAGUCGACCAUAUGAUGAUAUUCAAGAUUGCUUUCGGCCAGUUACUGAAUUUUUUCCGCAGGUCCAUCUCCGUGGUGAAGAAGAGAACGAUCAAAUUCACGAAGAGAUCAACCUAGUAGUCAAAGUCAAAGUAACUGAGCUUGGGAAGGACCUAGGUCUGCGUGCUGACACGCAACAGCGGCUUAUAAAAGAGCUGCGUGAAAUGAAGCAUCGCACAUACCUCUGGUUGUAUUUAGCAAUCGAUGAUAUCAAAAGAACGUUGAAAAAUAGUCUUCGGCCAGACAAUGAAACAAUUCCAUCACUUCCAAAGGAUGUCCCCGAAGCAUACGAGAGAAUACUCAAUCGAGCUCCUUCUGACCAGAAAGCCACGGUAGAAAUCAUUCUGCGAAUUAUUGUUGGCGCGCGACGUCCGCUAAGUGUUCAGGAGAUGGCUAUGGCUUUAGGUGUAGCAACAUCUCCAGAUGCUGAAACAGCAGCGGAGGCAGGACUGAACCCUAGUGCAUUAGACAAAAAGAUACGCCAACUCUGUGGACUGUUUGUUUUCAUCAAGGAAUCCAGAAUCUAUCUCAUUCAUCAGACUGCAAGAGAGUUCCUCAUUAGCAGACACGAUAGAUCUGCCAACAUGCAUUGGCAUCUUGAGCAGCGCAAAACAGAAAUACAAAUGACUGAAAUAUGCCUCAAAUACCUUCUUCUGAAUGAUCUGGUCAGUAAUGUCGAAGAGUCUAUACGGAGCUUACUGGACUAUUCUGCAGAAAACUGGGCCGAUCAUUUUCGGGACGUAGUAUGCCCAGAUGAUGAGAUAGUAAACCGGGCCUGGAAGCUAUAUGACGUCAGGACGGAGCGAUUCCGCUUGUGGUUUCCUAAAUUUUGGACUACAGCAAUGCCGUAUCAUCCACAACCCCAAAUGGAGGCACUGCAUCUGGCUGCGUUCAAUGGCCAUCAAGGCAUACUGUGUCGGAUAGAUGUGAAUAAGACAGGUGCAAUUGAUCAAGUAGACGGGUCAAGAACAACUGCAUUACAAUGGGCUUGUGAGCAGGGACGUCUUGAGAUUGUUCAGCUACUGCUCGAGAAGGGAGCGGAUGUCAAUGCCAAGGGCGGUGGAUACGGUAAUGCUCUCCAGGCUGCUGCUGAACGAGGACAUCUUAAAAUUGUUCAGCUACUACUUGAGAAGGGAGCGGAUGUCAAUGCUCAGGGAGGAGGAUAUGGUAAUGCUCUCCAGGAUGCUGCUGAAGGAGGACAUCUCGACAUUGUUCAGCUACUACUUGAGAAGGGGGCAGAUAUAAAUGCUCAAGGUGGUUACUAUGGCAAUGCUCUCCAGGCUGCUGCCGAAGGAGGGCAUCUUGAGAUUGUUCAGCUACUACUCCAGAAGGGAGCGGAUGUCAAUGCUCAAGGAGGACGAUAUGGCAAUGCUCUCCAGGCUGCUGCUAAUGGAGGACAUCUUGAGAUUGUUCAGCUACUACUUGAGAAGGGAGCGGAUGUCAAUGCCCAAGGAGGACGAUAUGGCAAUGCUCUCCAGGCUGCUACUAAUGGAGGACAUCUUGAGACUGUUCAGCUACUACUUGAGAAGGGAGUGGAUGUCAAUGCUCAAGGUGGUUACUAUGGCAAUGCUCUCCAGGCUGCUGCCGAAGGAGGGCAUUUUGAGAUUGUUCAGCUACUACUCCAGAAGGGAGCGGAUGUCAAUGCUCAGGGUGGAGAAUAUGGCAAUGUUCUCCAGGCUGCUGCUAAUGGACGACGUCUUGAGAUUGUUCAGCUACUACUUGAGAAGGGAGCGGAUGUCAAUGCUCAGGGUGGUUACUAUGGCAAUGCUCUCCAGGCUGCUACUAAUGGAGGACAUCUUAAUAUUGUUCAGCUACUACUCGAGAAGGGAGCGGAUGUCAAUGCUCAGGGUGGAGAAUAUGGCAAUGCUCUCCAGGCUGCUGCUAAUGGAGGACGUCUUGAGACUGUUCAGCUACUACUCCAGAAGGGAGCAGAUAUCAAUGCUCAGGGUGGAGAAUAUGGCAAUGCUCUCCAGGCUGCUACUAAUGGAGGACAUCUUGAGAUUGUUCAGCUACUACUUGAGAAGGGAGCGGAUGUCAAUGCUCAAGGAGGACGAUAUGGCAAUGCUCUCCAGGCUGCUACUAAUGGAGGACAUCUUGAGAUUGUUCAGCUACUACUUGAGAAGGGGGCAGAUAUCAAUGCUCAAGGUGGUUAUUAUGGCAAUGCUCUCCAGGCUGCUGCCGAAGGAGGGCAUCUUGAGAUUGUUCAGCUACUACUUGAGAAGGGAGCGGAUGUCAAUGCUCAGGGUGGUUACUAUGGCAAUGCUCUCCAGGCUGCUACUAAUGGAGGACAUCUUGAGAUUGUUCAGCUAUUACUUGAGAAUGGAGCGGAUGUCAAUGCUCAAGGAGGACGAUAUGGCAAUGCUCUCCAGGCUGCUACUAAUGGAGGACAUCUUGAGAUUGUUCAGCUACUACUUGAGAAGGGAGCGGAUGUCAAUGCUCAAGGAGGACGAUAUGGCAAUGCUCUCCAGGCUGCUACUAAUGGAGGACAUCUUGAUACUGUUCAGCUACUACUAGAGAAGGGAGCAUAUAUCAAUGCUCAGGGAGGAAUAUAUGGCAAUGCUCUCCAGGCUGCUACUAAUGGAGGGCAUCUCGACAUUGUUCAGCUACUACUCCAGAAGGAAGCGGAUGUCAAUGCUCAGGGUGGUUUUUAUGGCAAUGCUCUCCAGGCUGCUACUAAUGGAGGACGUCUUGAGAUUGUUCAGCUACUACUCCAGAAGGGAGCGGAUGUCAAUGCUCAGGGUGGUUACUAUGGCAAUGCUCUCUGGGCUGCUACUAAUGGAGGACGUUUUGGGAUUGCUCGGCUACUACUUGAGAAGGGAGCGGAUGUCAAUGCUCAGGGUGGUUACUAUGGCAAUGCUCUCCAGGCUGCUACUAAAGGAGGAAAUCUUAAGACUGUUCAGCUACUACUCCAGAAGGGAGCGAAUGUCAAUGCUCAGGGUGGUUUUUAUGGCAAUGUUCUCCAGGCUGCUACUAAUGGAGGACGUCUUGAGACUGUUCAGCUACUACUCCAGAAGGGAGCGGAUGUCAAUGCUCAGGGUGGUUACUAUGGCAAUGCUCUCCAGGCUGCUACUAAUGGAGGACAUCUUAAUAUUGUUCAGCUACUACUCGAGAAGGGAGCGGAUGUCAAUGCUCAGGGUGGUUACUAUGGCAAUGCUCUCCAGGCUGCUACUAAUGGAGGACAUCUUAAUAUUGUUCAGCUACUACUCGAGAAGGGAGCGGAUGUCAAUGCUCAAGGUGGUUUUUAUGGCAAUGCUCUCCAUGCUGCUGCUGAAUGAGAGCAUCGUCGUAUUACACAAAUAUUGCAGAAGUGGGCGGCUAUGUGUGGUUUUUCUGUGAAGCCAUGAAAU